CAUCGCAUGUAUGACAUUGAAUCUUCUUCUUUCUGAAUUCUCUCUUUUAUAUGCUGACAAUGGGUUUUUGAAGAUCAUAUUACACUUGGAUCUUCACAACCUUCACAUUCUUCACGCGUAUAAACAAACAGGCUCGAACUUGCUACACAUUUUGCUUACAUAUAUCCUAUUUUUAGCUUUUCAACUUUCUGAACUUAUAUGGUGAAAACGAAUGUCAUAUCUCUUUUGAGAUCAAUUUCGUUUCCACACUCUAUCCUAUCAAUAUAUACAUAAAUAAAUACAUUAAAAUAAGACAUAUAGUUUAAGUAUUGUAAAAUUAUCAUAGAAUUAUAUAAAAUGUCUUAUUUUAAUGAUAAUUUUAAGGAAAAUUAGGGAAAAUUGUUACCGGGAUGUAACAGUCUCCCCCCCUUAGAUUUUUCAUCGUCCCGAUGAAAUUAAUUCCAGUUGUCGCAGAUACAUGAUUAUAAGACUGGAAUUUUUGAAAUUGAGACUAUCUUUUAAUAGUCCUUACGCUUACUGACCUACAUUCAUUGUGACAUUGAUAUCCCUUGAGCUUAUCUGUAGUAGCUAAUAUGAUGACAAGAAUGGUGAAAUGACAUCAAAAUGAAUCUACAAUGUUGUGAUGCGUGUUUGUGUAUUCAAAGUGUUAUGGCUAUCUUCUUGAGGUAGGUAUGAAUUUCUUCUUUCGUGGUACAGUUAAUGACCUUAAGAUUGUUGUGUGCGUACAUUAGAAUUGUUUAGGUCAGCAUUUUUCAUCCCUUUAUGAUGCAGGAGGUCAGGAGAUCUCAUCAGUUUGCGCGCAUUUGUCGACGAAGAAUAUCCAUCAACUGCCAUCAUGCCACAAGAAAAAAAUGUGGAACCAGCGUAAUCAAUUUCUUUCUGACGCUGCAAGGCCUAGCAGCGUCAGUUUAUUACUCUGCGGAAGAAAUUGAGGUGUUGGAGGACAUGGCGCGGCCUGGUCGUCCUCGGAAAGGUGUGGUAAAGGAUAACACCUUGAGGAAGGAAAGGAUGAAGCAGCUAAGAGGGCUGAAACAGGAGUUGAAAGAGAAUUCGGGGACGAUGACCUCUAUGUUCAACUCCUUGUUGUAAGUAUAUAUAUAUAUAUAUAUUAUUUUUUUUUAUCUUUUCUUUGUCCUAGUGCAUAUAAAUUAUACGUAUUUUCUUUGUUUUUCUCACAGUCGUUCAGGUCGCCCUAUUGGUUGCUUCUGCGGCGAAUGUCAAAUCCCCUUACCUUCCUCCGAAGAGGCUCAA